AUGGAUCAGUGCGUGAACAUUGGAAAACCUCAGGUAAUGAAGAACAUCCCAUCAAAUAUAGUGAUUGCAGCGUGGCUGGUGGUUCUGGGGUUGAGUUUUUGUUCAGCGAAUGGCGAAAGAGAAGACAUGAAGACCAUAAUCGAGCGGAAGUGUCCGGAGAAAAACCCUAACUACGACCCAAAUAGCUUGAGCGACGCCAAGAGGUACCUGAGGCUGCAUAACUGCAGAUAUCGACGUUGGCUACACUAUGCUCAAUCGCAGGAUUUUAAAUAUCAGACGGAUCUGACGGAGGAAAACAGGCAAGCUCUACUAAAAAUGAAAAAGGAGUUUUCUGAGUUCAUGAAAGAGACGACGAAGAAAGCGAACGAAUUCAACUGGAAAGAAUUUGAGGACAAGAACGAUUUCAUCUUCGCUUGGUUCAGAACACUCUCCAAGUCGGGAUCAAGCGCGUUCCCGUCUGAAAAGUUAGAAGAGCUUAUGUGUGAAAUUCCAGAUCUGGCGAAGGUCUUGUACACCUCUCGUAACUACGAUGAACUGAAAUACAUUUGGAGAGAAUGGAGGAACGCCACAAACAGGAAAUUGAAAAAAAUGUACCUUCAAUACAUGAAGCUCAGCAAUGAAAUGGCCCGGAGUGACGGUUUCGAAGAUUAUGGUGACAUGCUGCAAACACAGGAGGGAGUAAAGAACAUGGAAGAUGACUUCGAAAGACUAUGGGAACAAGUGAAACCCCUCUUCAAGCAGAUUCACGCGUUCACACGGCGAAGGCUGAUUCAACAGUACGGCUCGAAAUAUAUCAGACCAGAUGGACCCAUUCCAGCGCACAUACUAGGUCACAUGUUUUCUCAAUCGUGGACCCAGAUAUUCGAUAUUCUGAAUCCUUUUCCUGAGACACCUUCUCCCGAUGUGACUGCAGAACUGCAGAGAAGGAAAAUGAAACCAAUCGAAAUGUUUAAAAUAGCUGAGGAAUUCUUCAUUUCCUUGGGAAUGCACCCGAUGACGAAACUCUUCUGGCAGAACAGCGUCAUCGAGAAGCCAAAGAACAAGGAAAUGGUGUGCCACGCUUCGGCUUGGAACUUCUACGACGGAAAAGAUUUCAGGAUAAAGAUGUGUACUCAGGUGAACAUGAGGGAAUUUGUCACUGUUCAUCACGAGAUGGGGCACAUCCAGUACUAUCUGCAGUACUCGCAUUUGCCGGCGGUAUUUCAACAAGGAGCUAAUCCUGGUUUCCACGAAGCUGUUGGAGACGCCAUGGCUUUAUCAGUUUCCACACCUACGCAUUUGGAAAAACUCAAACUUCUCAAGAAUUUUCCAAACGAUUCUAAUUCAGACGUCAUUUUUCUCCUGAAGAUGGCGCUCGAUAAAGUCGUUUUUGUGCCAUCGUCCUACAUUUAUGACUUGUGGCGAUGGAAAAUAUUCAGCGGAGAAAUUCCCCAAAAAGAGAUGAACACGCACUGGUGGAAGAUGAGGAGUGAAUACGAAGGCCUCUGCCCACCAGUCAGAAGGACAGAUGAUGAUUUGGAUCCGCUUGCUAAGUAUCAUGUGCCCACCGAUGCGGCAUAUGUCAGCAAAAUGUUGAGCCUGGGGAGCUCGGUGCCCUGGACAGAGGCCCUGGCCAUAGUGACGAAGGGUGAGACAGACGAGCUGAGCGCAGGUCCUCUGCUUGAGUACUUUGAGCCACUCUACAAGUGGCUCAAGGAACAGAAUCGGAAUUAG